UAAGGCAGAAUGACAGUUCUGCUGUGCAGGUAACUACGUCACUCCUAGAAAUCAUUCUGGCGAACUCCAAGCAACCUUAAUCCGUCCCAUCGAUUAAAUCCUCAUCACCAUCUGGGGAGAAAGCGAGGAAGUACCCGUUCCAAUGUAGCCACUAAUAUGGACUCCUCACCUUUCCAGCCAUCUCCCGGCAAGAGCGACGUAUCAGGGCGGCACCUUCCGAUUUUCGCCAGUCGUGCUGCCGGCCUCGAUGAAGUCCGAUGCGGUCCCCAAAGCCCCUCAAAGCCCUCCUCUCCCCGAUUUAGCCCCCUCUCUCACCCUUUCCCAAUUCUUUCCCGCCCCCCUUCCUCUAAACCCAAGCAGUCCAUUUUGAACCUCACAUCGCAUUGCCCGCCACUCACCGAUCCGACAUCCGUACAAAGCCCAAUAUCCUUAUGGCAAUCCGUGUCCGGUAAACCCCGAUCCCGAAGGAGAAGGACAACUUCCGACGGGUUUUCCCCCCUCCCCAGCCCUUGCCAAAUUCCGAUUGACUUGCAAGGCCAAAAUAUUUUUUUUCCAACUUUUGAGCUACUGGUGAUCAAUUGCCAACACUAUCAUCGUCAUACACCGCAUUCAUUCUAAUUUUCGACUCAGCCCAACUUUCCAACACCCUAAAUGAAAGAGUUUCUCGUGCCACUGGAUCAACAUGCUACACGUUUUGAUACCAUCGGGGAUACAGUAAUCCCACGUUCGCAUUUGCCCGCCGCCCCCGCUAGGCAGGUGACUACCGCCCCGUAAGCGGCUGG